CUUUACCAGCUUAGCACCCAUCCACUUUCUUUCUGAUCAACUUACUUUGUAGAUUGACCCUUUUAAUUUCGUCCCUAACUUAAAACUAUUUAUAACCUCAAAAACUUCAAUCAAAUUCAGUUAUUUUGACCCCACUUUACUUUCCUCUAAUCCCAAAAAGAAAAAAAUGCCUAAAAAAACAUCAUCUGUUCUUGAGAAAGUGUCAAGCUUUAUAAAAUUAGCGAAAAUUCGAAAUCAAAUUACACUGAAUUUGAUUUUAUUCAAGAAAACAACAGGGAAAUUUAAGAAAUAUAAGUUUCAUAGUCAUUAUUAUAAUUAUGAGUAUAUCCAAGAAUACCAGUUCUCUCCUUCAAAUACUCCUCUGAUUUUCCCCCGUAAAAAGAAGGAGUAUUUGUACAAUAAGUUGGACUCAAUGCUGUUUAUGUGUAUGUGUUUAGGGAAAAUUGGGGUUGAAGAAAGGGAGGAGAUUUACUCACCAAUGGAGAUGCUGCCUCCUGUUAUAAAUGGAGUUUCGAGCUACGGCAGCGACGGCGAGGGGGAAGAGCUGGAAAUGUUGGAGAUUGGUAGUGGUGAAUGUGGUUUAUUGUCUGUUGAUGAAAGAGCUGAGAGAUUUAUUGAGAAUUUUUAUGCGCAGAUGAGAAUGCAACGUCAACAAUCAAAUAAUACAGUUGGUUUGAUGCUUGGUGAUUAGAGAAUGUAUUGCCUUUGCUAUUUUAUCCUUUGGGAUUUAUGAUUUGUUUGUUUUUUAAAUGUUAGUGUUUUAAUAGAUUUCGUUUCAUUCAUUCUUUCAUUGAUUUUUGUAAUAGAGUUUAUUGAACAAAACUAGUUAUUGGUUCGGGUUAUGUAUGUGUUUGGGGUCGUUGCAUGUGUUUUAAGAGCAUUGUUACGUUAUUGGUGUGCAAAAUUUUUGCACUUGGGAAAAAAUAAGGGGUAAAUAUCAAAUUUAAGGGUUUAAUGGUGUGUAAAAUUUUGCACUCGG